GGACUCCGCAUCUUAUUAGCAACAAGGGAAAUUUCUCCAUUUUCCAUCCUGUCUACAGCGACACAGCCACAAAUCUGGGAUUUUUAUUACUUCUCUUAACUUGGCAGGGUUUUUUUUGCGAAUUUCCCAUUUUGAUCACUGCGACUGGACAUUGAUUACCUAUAGAAUAAACUUUGCAAAGGGGGCACCUGUACAGACCUUGCUCAUAGGAAAGAGGCUUGUGGUCUUUGUUCGUGUUUUUGGAUCAGUUGAGUUUCUUUGUUGGACGGAAAGCAUGGGAGCGCAAUUCUCCAAGACCGCUGCAAAAGGCGAAACCGCAGCUGAAAAGCCGGGAGAAGCGGCUGCUUCACCCUCUAAGACAAAUGGGCAGGAGAAUGGGCACGUGAAAGUGAACGGAGAUUCUUCUGCUGCGGCAGAGGCAGGCAAGGAAGAGGUGCAGGCCAACGGUAGUGCUACGGCUGAGGAGAGCCCAAAGGAGGAGGCGGAGCCAGCAACAGUUGAGGCAGCCAAAGAGGAAGGGGACAAGGAGAACACGGAGGCUGUUGCCCCAGCCACUGAGGCCGAUGGGGCCACCAAGACGGAGGAAGGUGCCACGCCUUCCACCAGCGGUGAAACCCCUAAGAAGAAGAAGAAGAGAUUCUCUUUCAAAAAGUCCUUCAAGCUGAGUGGAUUCUCCUUCAAGAAGACCAAGAAGGAGACCACUGAAGGGGCAGAGGGUGAGGCCGAGGCUGCCGCCACCUCCACGGAAGAGGCAAAGAAGGAGGAACCGGAAGCCAAUGCCACAGAGGAGGCCAAACCCGCAGGGGAGGAAGCUGCAACAACUGCCACUGGUGAGGAGGCUAAGGAGACCACAACCUCACCGGAGGCUAAACCCGAGGAGGUGACGACCCCUGCGGAGGAGCCGAAGACGGAGCCCCCUACCGAGGAACCGAAGGAAAAGCCAGUGGAGGAGAAACCUACCGAGGAGACCAAGCCAGCUGAGCCGGAGGCACCCAAGGCAGAGGAGCCGGCACCGGCCACCCAGGAGGCUGUGCCCAGUCCAGAAGCUCCAGCUGCUGAGUAAGGGUGUUGGUGCCAAACAUGAAAUUGAGGAAAAAAAAUUGAGGUGGAAAAAGAUAAUCAAAGACACUUUCCCUGUUUGUAUGUCGGAGUGGUGCCAGGUCCUGGCUUUGGAGAACUUGUCUACAUCCAGGGAUAUUUUAAAGCUUUUCUUUUGUUUCUCCUACACCCCCCCCACACACACACACACCACAAAACCCAUCUCACUCCAUGCUUACUACCAUUCCAUGGGGCAGAGAGGUGGGUGGCUUAAGUAAUAUGGGGGAAAAUUGCAUCCACACUCUGCCACAUACUUUUUUUUGCAUCAGUAUUAAAUGUUUCCCCCCUCCAUUUUUUUUUCUGCAAAAUGUAAACUUCUCAAUGUAUGGACAUGCCCAUGGUAUGAAGAAGGUGGGUGGUCAGUCAAUAUGUAAAUGAGGGGGUGGGUUGAAUGAGGCACCUUUUGUGCCUGUGGGACAUGCUACAGGUUGGUGUAAAGGGUAGUCUUAAGGGUCUUACAGGAGCCUGUGUACCAUGCAGUGUACAACACUAAGUCUUUGUUUUUUAUUGGAGAAGACAAGAUACAAUUCCCAGAACUAGAUUUAGAAAUCAUUUUAACGAUCAUAGCUUUUUCACUUCUCAUUAGCUGUACCAGUCAGUGAAUCAGUAGAAAUACACGUUGUAUAGGCUUUAUUGUUUAUUGCUGGUUUUAUGACCUUAAUAAAGUGUAAGUAUGUAUAGGCGGGGUGUUUUUAACUGUGAUUAUUGUACAAAUGAAAUCUUGAUCUCAAGAAGCACAUGAAGUUCGCAGCUCUUUUUUCCACCCUGCUCAUUUUUGUAAGAUAACAAAAGAGAAAGUCAUCCUGGAAGAACCUUUUAAGCAAUUUUGAACUCAACCAAGCUGUGAUAAGUGGAAUGGUUACUGUUUAUAUACUGUGGUAUGUUUUGAUUACAACAACUUUUUUUUUCCAGUGGUCUUUGACAAAUUUAAGGAAUCUCUAUCAGAUGCAAUGUUUGUGUAGCAUCUUGUCUCUUUCUUUUGUAAAUACUGGACAAGCUUCGACCAAUUUGACUUAGAGAUGGAAUGUAACUUUGCUUACAAAAAUUGCUAUUAAACUCCUCUGCUUAAGGUGUUCUAAUUUUGUGAGCACACUAAAAGCAAAAAUAAAUGUGAAUAAAAUUUGA